CAGCCAAUGAACAAUCGUCUGACAUGCCGUCAAGUCGACGAAGGUGUCAAAGGUUUCCGUCUUCGCUAUCAUUUGAAUUGAUAAUUACAAGAUCUUGCAUCACGUAAAUAACCGUCUCUUCCCUUCUGGUAUCUCGGAAUACAACGAUAUGAAGGAGGUACUAGUUGCCCUGGUUACUUUGUGCAUAGUGACCCAGGUGUACAGUGAAAUUCUUUUGUCUGACAAAACCUAUGUUAACGGUGUCCUAGUGGCGGAUCGAGAUGUCCCACCGGUCCGGAAGCGGAACUUGCAGCGCGUAUGGGUGGACGAGGCAGUCAGCGUCAUGUCCAUGGGAGAGAAUCCAAAACCCCUAUACGUAGGCAAUGCUGUCGUCAUGCAAUCACAUGACUACAAAGAUGGCGCCUUCUUCCCCAUUGGACCAAAAAAGACUUUUAAAGCGUUUUAUUUCCGCAAUCAGCCUCCCAUUCCGCGAUCUAUCAUGGCUAAGGCUGGACUGAUAUGAACAUGUUACAAAUUACAAUUACAAUGUUUAACUGCAUUACGACUUAAGUGGUAUAUAUAAUAUACUUAAUGUUUAGAGUACUUAAAUCAUUUAUAAUGAACUUGAUACUUAAAAUACCAAAUAUCCGUGCGGUAAAGUUUUCUGCGAAUCAUUUUUCCAUGUAAUGAACAGCUUUUGUGUAUUGAAUACAUGAGCUGAAUUUGA